CCAACGUAUUGGAAAUUUAUUUAAUUUUAAUAAUUUUAUAAGAAAAAAAAACAAAUUUUUAAAAAAAAAACAUGUCCAAGAGAGCUAAUACCAGUUUAGUUAUAGUGCAGGAGCCAAAAAAGUCCAAAAAUGAUUUGAUGGCCUAUACAAAUCGUGAUAAGGCCCUAAUGGAAGCAGGUGUAAGAAGAACAUCAAACUUAUUGGCACCCAUUAUGCUUUUGGAGGGACAUCAGGGGGAAAUAUUUUGCACAGAAUUUCAUCCCGAUGGUGAAAUGUUGUUGUCCUCAGGUUUUGACCGGCAAAUAUAUAUUUGGAAUGUUUAUGGUGAGUGUGAAAAUAUUUUGGCCAUGUCGGGACAUACGGGUGCUGUGCUAGAGGCUCAUUUUAAUACAGAAGGUUCACAAAUCUUCACCUGUUCUACGGACAAAACGUUGGCCAUAUGGGAUAUAGUUACAGGCAAUAGAAUCAGACGUUUGAAAGGACACACAAACUUUGUGAACUCUGUGCAUGGCACCCGUCGCGGACUACAAAUGUUAUGUUCUGGGUCAGAUGAUCGCACGAUACGCAUAUGGGAUGCCCGCAAAAAACUCUCCGUACAUACUUUAGAAGCACCCUUCCAAGUAACCGCCGUGGCGUUUAAUGACACCUCCGAACAAGUUAUAUCGGGUGGCAUUGACAAUGAAUUGAAAGUAUGGGACAUACGUAAAGGGCAGAUUUUGCAUAGUUUAAAGGGACAUACGGACACCAUUACCGGUAUUUCCUUAUCGCCCGAUGGUUCCUAUAUUUUGUCCAAUUCUAUGGAUAAUACUUUACGCAUCUGGGAUAUACGCCCGUAUGUGCCCGGAGAGAGAUGUGUCAAGAUUUUCCAGGGUCAUCAGCAUAAUUUUGAGAAGAAUCUUUUACGUUGCGCUUGGUCACCGGAUGGCAGUAAAAUAUCGGCCGGUUCAGCUGAUCGUUAUGUCUACAUCUGGGAUACUACAAGCCGUAAAAUAUUGUACAAGUUGCCGGGCCACAAUGGUAGUGUGAAUGAUGUAGAUUUUAGUGGCAAAGAACCACUGAUUGUAUCGGGGUCUAGUGAUAAGAAUUUGUAUUUGGGAGAAAUUGAGGAUUAACAGAAUAAAUAAGAAAGAAAAUGCCAA